CCGUAACUGUCCCCGCCCAUUACGGCAUCGGCCGGCCGAAGUCCGAAUUUCACUCAAGAUCGGUGCCCGUGAAAUUUCAACCUCACCUCACCUCGGGUCUCACAACGUCCGGGACCAAUCUCAAGUCUCUCACAACUCCGUUGUUCCGGUGCGGCAGUCAGUGAGCACUACAGUCCACCACCAUGACCGGCAACAUCACCGCCGCCCUCGAGCGCCACGCCAGCACCGUCACCCGUCUCUCCUCCCAAAUCUCCUCCUACUACGCCGCCCGUCUCCCCUAUCGCAUCUUCCACGGCUCCACCAACUCAACGCGUCCCCCCACGCAAAAAGGCACCAACACCAAAUUCGUCGACAUUUCCUCUCUGAACAAUGUCCUCUCCGUCGACCGCGCCACCAAGACAGCCCUGGUCGAACCCAACGUGCCCAUGGACAAGCUCGUCGAAGCCACGCUGCCUCAUGGCCUAGUCCCGCCCAUCGUCAUGGAGUUUCCCGGUAUCACUGCCGGUGGUGGGUUCGCCGGAACAGCAGGAGAGUCUAGUUCGUUUCGCCAUGGGUUUUUCGACGAUACCGUGCGGGAAGUGGAGAUGGUUUUGGGUAAUGGGGAGGUGGUCAAAGUGAAGAAUCCUGAUCUGCCUCGAGAGGUAUCAUCAACGGCAACGGCAGCAGAAAACGGCGGGGAUCUCUUCCGCGGAGCAGCCGGCGCCGUGGGAACUCUCGGAACCACAACACUCCUAGAAGUCCAACUAAUGGACGCCAAAAAGUUCGUCAAGACCGAAUACAAGCGCGCCAACAGCGUAGCGGAAGCGAUCCGCAUGGUGCGCGAGGAAACCCAAAAUGCCGAGAACGACUACGUGGACGGGAUUUUGUUUAGCAAAGACCACGGCGUCAUCGUCACAGGCAAACUCGUCAACGAGUUACCUUCUCCUCCCCCUUCUUCUUCUUCUUCUUCCGCCUCCGAAAAGCCAAUCAAACCCCAAACCUUCAGCGGACCAUGGGACCCCUGGUUCUACCUACACUGCCAAUCCCGCACCCUUUCUCCCUCCACCUCCACCACCCCAAAUUCUUCCCCGGUGGUAGCGACCGACUACGUCCCCCUAGCCGAAUACCUCUUCCGCUACGACCGGGGUGGAUUCUGGGUCGGCGCCGCCGCCUUCCAAUACUUCAGCUGGGUUCCCUUCACGAAACUCACCCGGUGGUUCCUCGACGACUUUUUGCACACGCGCAUGAUGUACCGCGCUUUGCACGGGUCCGGCGAGUCCGCCCGGUUCGUCGUGCAAGACAUUGCCAUGCCGUUCGAGACCUCCGAGGAAUUCAUCAACUACACCUCUUCCUCUCUGGGAAUCUGGCCACUAUGGCUUUGCCCACUUAAACGCCGCGCGCCCCCGACUUUUCAUCCGCAUACGACCCGUCCUGGCACCGACCCGUCGGACGAAAAGGCGCAAGAUGACAUGAUGCUCAACAUUGGCGUCUGGGGCUGGGGGCCCGAUUCCCCCCAAGAGUUUGUCGCCAAGAAUAUUGAGUUAGAGAAUAAAGUACAUGAGUUGGGUGGGAUGAAGUGGUUUUAUGCGCAUACGUAUUACGAGCAGGAAAAGUUCUGGAAGAUGUAUGGUGGACGGACGUGGUAUGAUGCGCUGAGAAAAAAGUAUCAUGCCGAGCACUUGCCGACGGUGUGGGACAAGAUCCAUGUGGAUGCGGAUAAGGCGGGCAAGAAGCAGCGGCAUUGGUUGUUGGCCAAGAAGCCGAUUGGCGGGUUUUAUGGCAUUUGGAAGAGUAUUCAGAGCAAGGAUUACUUUUUGCAUAGGAAGGCUCAGUGGAAGUGGAAGGGGGAGUAAAGAAAAGUAAAGGGUUGGUGGGAUGAGUGUUUUGUCUGGAUAGAUACUUUAGAGGCGGGUGGAUAGAUGUAGAGGUGGUGGAAAAAGUAGAAUACCCAUUUUGAGAAUUGUACAAAGUUUGAUGUUCCAAGACAGUUUUGUGUUAUACCCCAGAAGAAAAC